GGCAUGAAUCUCCAGUAAAGUUCUGAAGCCUUGCUUGCUAUUUGCCAACUUGAUUUUCAGUCGCCGUCGUGGGGCAACUGCUUUGGGUCUUGGACAUUAACGACGGAAACAUGGUGUCACUCCGCUUCCCUUUCUCGUUUUCUCAGCCUUCGGGCCAUCCUCAGCGGCACCGCCACUCACGCCCAUUCUCUGCCGCAAAAGUUGCCGUCGCAGCCGUCGCGACCGCUGCCGGAGCCACCGCUGCAUGUGCCUCCUCCCGAAACCCAAUCUCACAGCACCCCUUUCUUCAGAAUGCUUUGAAUUUCUUUUUCUCUCCUGGAAAUUCGCUGCCUUUGUGGGCUUCUCUGAGUUUGGCUGAUAGUUCUCAGCCCGUUACGGAGCCAAAGACGGGAGCGUCAUUUCCAGCAGCUCUGGGCGAUUCGCAGAAAAUUUGCGGAGUGGGGAUACGCAAGAAAAGCAUUCUGGGAUUGAAGAACAUUGAUGUCUAUGCAUUCGGUGUUUACGUUGAUGAUAAUGACAUUAAGAAAUUACUUGCUGAGAAAUACGGAAAUUCUUCCUCUGAAUUGAAGGGAAAAAAGGACUUUAUUGAAGAUCUUAUGGAAAAUGAUAUUUGCAUGACAGUUAGACUCCAAAUAGUCUAUGGUAAAUUGAGCAUCCGCUCUGUACGUAGUGCAUUUGAAGAGUCAGUGGGAAGCAGACUGCAAAAAUUUGGGGGAUCAGAUAAUAAAGAGUUGCUUCAAAGGUUUACUUCUCAGUUUAAAGAUGAAUACAAAAUACCACGAGGAUCAGUAAUUCAUCUCUCAAGAGAUCGGGAUCAUGUUCUUCGAACAUCAAUUGAUGGAAAGGAAGUGGGAAGCAUCCAAAGUAAGCUACUCUGUCGGUCAGUUCUAGAUUUAUACAUCGGGGAGGAACCAUUUGAUAAAAAAGCCAAAGAAGAUGUUGAGCUCAACCUGGCUUCUUACCUCCAGAAAUAGACUGCUGUUAUCAAGAAUCAGGACGUAGAAUCAUUGGCAUGUACUGAGCAAUCUAGGAAUGGUUUUCGAUGCGUAAUAGCUUGAUGUUCUAAGAUGCUGUUGCAGGCAUGUAAGUUAUAGUAUUUAUUUUCAUUUUGCACAGGUGCAAAAUAUAUGAAUGGAUGAACGUCGUGCGGUGUGAGUGUGACCCAUCAAUCACUUUUUGUAAUUUAUGCUUGAUCGCCCUUUAUGAUUAUCGUUCUAGUGUCUUGUGCUGUUGUGCAUUACAACAUACUCCUUUUGCUUUUAUGUAUGCUAUAAAGAGCAUUGACGCUAUUUAUUAACCUUUUUAUUUCUUUGAGAAGUAGUUUUAUUACUUUA